AUGGCUGAGAGUUCCGUAGAAUGCAAAUGUGGUCCGGGUUACGCAACGCCCUUGGAUGCUGUUCGCAAUGGACCCGUCGAGAAGCUACUGUACGUCGUGUGCGUUCAACCGAAUCUAGAGGAGGAGCAUGGUGAUUAUUUGGCCACGGUGGAUGUGGAUCCCGCAAGUCCAACGUACUGUCAGGUUAUUCACCGUACGUUCACCAACAGCAAAAGGAAUGAGCUGCAUCACAGCGGGUGGAACACCUGCUCGAGCUGUCACUUCGUGGACAGCGGAAAGCAAGUGCCCACGAGAGAUCGGCUGGUGCUGCCUUGUUUGAACUCGGAUCGCAUCUUCGUGGUUGACACCGGGAGCGAUCCGCGAGCCCCGAAGAUGGCCAAGGUGAUCGAGGGCGAUGUGCUGAAGGGGGCCAACUGCACUGCCCCACAUUCGACGCACUGUUUACCGAACGGUAACAUCAUGAUAUCGGUGAUGGGCGACGCCGAGGGCAACGCGAAGGGCGAUUUUGUCGAGUUCGAUAAGGAUUUCCAGCUGGUAGGUACGUGGACGCGAGGCGAAAAGAAAGCACUGUGUGGGUACGACUACUGGUACCAGCCUCACUUCGACGUGAUGGUGGCAUCGGAAUGGGGCGCCCCGAAGCUGUUUCGGCGCGGCUAUCAUCCGACCGAUUGCGAUGAUCGCACGCAGUACGGCUGCCGGUUGAACUUCUACCGCUGGCAGGAGCGUGUCCUGUUUCAAACUCUCGAUCUCGGCAACGAAGGAUUGACGCCGCUCGAGAUCCGUUUUCUGCAUAACCCGAAGGAGAACCAGGGCUAUGUGGGAUGCGCCUUCUACGCGAACGUGUACCGCUUCUACCAGAAGCCAGGAUCGAACGAGUACACUGCGGAAAAGGUGAUCGACGUGCCGAUCAAACGGGUCAUCGGAGAAGCGAAGGAUGGUGGGGAAACCGAAAUGGGCGGCAUGAUGACGGACAUCCUGAUUUCGCUCGAUGAUCGCUACCUGUACUUCAGCAACUGGCGCCAUGGAGACGUUCGCCAGUACGACAUCACGGAUCGAGCUAAUCCACGCCUUACCGGACAGGUAUUCCUGGGCGGUGCGAUCCAGAGCGAUUCUCGCAUCCGCGUCGUUGAUGAUCCGGAACUGACCGAACCACCGAAACCGGUGUUCGUGAAGAACCGCCGCCUUCUCGGGGGCCCCCAGAUGCUUCAACUUUCACUCGAUGGUCGACGGUUGUACGUGUCGUCGAGUUUGUUCUCGCCCUGGGACAAGCAGUUCUAUCCGGAGAUGGUUGAGGCCGGCGGUACAAUCGUGCAGCUCGAUGUCGACGUCGAGCACGGCGGCAUGAAGCUGAACAAGGACUUCCUCGUGGACUUUGGCGGUGAACCGUACGGGCCAGGAUUGCCCCACGAAAUGCGGUACCCCGGAGGGGAUUGCACGUCUGAUAUUUGGCUUGUGAACGAGUAAAUGGGCCCGAACUUCCUGAACUGUAUCAAAACAUUCCCACAAACACAGCGUCGAGAGCAAAUGAUAUAUUGAUUGCGAUUUGCACAAGAACCUCGACCAAUAAAAGUAUAUUACUAUAUGCGAACGUUUAUAAAA